AUGUUUGAAUGCAGCACCUGUGACGAUGAAUUCUGGUAUCAGGAGGACUGCGAUCAGCACAUGGAUGACUAUCGUCACUGGAUCGAGUGUGAAACAUGCAAUCGAACGUUCCGCACCAAGACCGCUUGCAAUCAGCACAUGAACGCUGUAGAUCACUGGGCGCCGACCUUCGAAUGCGAAACAUGCAACAGCACGUUCUAUUCUCAACACGCCGCCAACAACCACAUGAACGCAAAGGAUCACUGGCUCCCAACCGUUCCGUGUGAGACGUGCCCAGCGAAAUUCCACUCGCAGCAGGCUGCAGAGAAUCACAUGAGGGCGAAGGGACAUUACAAGAACUACUGCCAUGAAUGCAGGCGUAGCUUUAUGAACGAGAACUGUCUGCGCCAGCACCUGAAUUCCAAGACUCAUCGCGGUACCAACGUUGCGUGUCCGUUCUGUCGCACUGGCUUUGUCACCGCAAGCGGUGUCUCACAUCACCUUGAAAGUGGGUCCUGCCCUCAAGCUAAAGGCUUGAACCGCGACCGCAUCCACCACAUUAUUCAACAGCUCGAUCCAAAUGGCUUUGUGUGCAAGAAGCAGAUCGCGUGGCACGAUGAACAGAAUUCAACCUACUCGGUCACUGACAGUGCCUGGAAUGGCAACUUCUGGGUGUGUUACAUAUGCAAAAGGGGGUUCAACUCGAGGAAAGCGCUGGAAUCCCAUGUCAACUCGCCUGUACACAAGGAGAAGGUCUACCACUGUCUCAAGCGAGGCUGUCCAAAGGAGUUCCACUCCCUGGCUAGUCUGUUCAACCACCUGGAGAGUGAAUCGUGCGGAUUCAUUCGGUUUGAGGGGGUUCAGCAGGUUCACAAACAGUUGAACGAUGCUAUCAUGGGCCGUCGGAUGAUUACUAGGUUCUAG